UCACGCCCAAGAAAUAUGAGUUGUCCAAUUCACAAACUUUUGAUAUCUCUGCUCCUUUUGAACCUAUGUUUUCAAGCAUCUGGACAAUAUAUGGAGUGGUGCAUAGCUGAUGAGCAGACCCCAGAUGAAGAUCUUGAGAGGGCCAUGGAAUGGGCUUGUGGAAAUGGAGCAGAUUGCAGCAAGAUACAAUUGAACCAUCCCUGUUAUCUACCAAACACUCUGAAGGACCAUGCCUCUUAUUCCUUCAAUAGUUACUAUCAGAGGUUCAAGAACAAAGGAGGCUCUUGCUAUUUCAAUUCUGCUGCAAUCACCACUGACCUUGACCCAAGUCAUGGCUCGUGCAAAUUUGAGUUUAUCCCAUGAGUGGAACUUGAAACAACAUAUUCUCUUAUUUUGAGGUUAAGCUUUGGAAGGAGUAACCAAGUCAGUGCUGCUUUUGUCUCUGUCUGCGCCUCUCAAAUUCAUGUUGCUCCCUCUGUUGCACAACAACUAAUACUUUCAAACCGUAUGUGAAGGAAGAAGACCAAUGCUAUUUGUAAUUAUAUAUAUAUAUAUCAGUGAAAAUUUACAGUUUUUUUAAUU